AUGCGAUUGAUAUUUCCAAAUUCCAAUCAAUCAGUUGCAUCUAUUGGAAAAUCGUUGGGUGUUCGACGUCUUUAUGUGGAUAUUUUGCUCAAACUUUUCGAGUAUGGCAGACAGCACAUCGAAGUUGCGAAGAAGCUGCAAAGGAGCGACAGUUCUGAUGAAGAAGAAACACCAACUCCUGAAGACAGGCCACCUUCCGCCCUUAUCAAAGAGAAUGGCACGAAUGGUACUAAAACAAGUGUAAUAGAACGGCAGGAGAUCUUAGGACCGUCACCAGAACUGAACUAUAAAAGGAGUUCCAGUCAGGAAAGAGUCCAAAACGGACAUCACACUGACCACGGGAAGGUUGAGACAAACCUGGAGUUCCACCUCCACCACUGUAUGGACCUGGUGAGGGCUGGAAUGGAGUCGAUCAUCGAAGACCAGGUCACGUCAGUCUUCGAAGCUGAGGAGUUGAGGAGUUGGAACCUCCUCACCAGAACUAAUAGGCAAUACGAGUUUCUGACGUGGCGUCUAACAAUCAUAUGGGCGAUGGGUUUCGUUGUGAGAUAUUUUUUCUUACUCCCUCUGAGAGUGCUCAUAUUUGUUAUUGGCGUCUGGUGGCUAAUCGUUUGUACUGCGUGCGUGGGAACGUUACCGGAUGGUCGCUUCAAGCAGCGGGUGAACAACGCGUUAUCACUUAUGGUAUUCAAUUUCCUAUCACGGUGUAUAUCGGCCGUGAUAACGUAUCACAAUAGUGAUGAUAAGCCCCGCAGUGGGAUUUGUGUCGCCAAUCACACCAGCCCCAUAGACGUGUUGGUGCUAAUGUGUGAUAGCUGUUAUUCAUUGAUCGGUCAAAGACAUGGAGGGUUCCUAGGGCUCCUACAAAGAGCAUUGGCUCGGGCUUCGCCCCACAUUUGGUUUGAGAGGUCUGAAGUGAAGGACAGACAUGCAGUCGCCAGAAGACUAAAAGAACAUAUCUCAGUGAAAGAUAACCCGCCGAUUCUAAUCUUUCCUGAAGGCACGUGUAUAAACAACACAUCUGUGAUGCAGUUCAAGAAGGGCAGCUUCGAAGUUGGGGGCACUAUCUACCCGGUCGCUAUCAAAUACGAUCCGCGUUUCGGAGAUGCAUUCUGGAACAGCUCUCGUUACGGGAUGCUGCAUUAUCUCCUCAACAUGAUGACAUCGUGGGCGAUUGUCUGCGAUGUGUGGUACUUGCCCGCCAUGCACCGAGAGCCUGAUGAGAAUGCAGUGGAUUUUGCGAAUAGAGUGAAAGCGGUGAUUGCGAGGCGCGGGGGCUUAGUUGAUUUGAUGUGGGAUGGACAACUAAAACGUAUGAAGGCAAAGAAGGAGUGGAGGGAGUUACAACAGGAAGAGUUUAGUAAAAGGUUAAAAGGUGAA